GUAGGUCUGGUUAAAUGCAAUUCUCCUAUAAGUAACACGAUUUUGACUGGCUGCAUGGUUAUGUGCGUUCCAACUAUCGUUCCAUACAGUCUGACGAAAAGCUUCUCGCAUAUUUACUACCUUGAAGUUGGCAACUGGGGACAUUAUGGGCAAUACCGAUAAACCUAUUUUGUUUCACUAUGCAGCUUCAAUCUUUUCGCAUAGAGUACUAUGGUACCUCUGGCUGCGAAACAUUGAUUACGAUGAAUGCAUCCAACCACCUUACAUGCCUCGCCCCGACCUAUCUCUCUUAGGUGUCGCGUACAGACGCAUACCUGUCAUGGCAAUAGGAAGGGAUGUAUAUUGUGAUUCUCGUCUAAUAAUCGACACGCUUGAGUCUAUCUAUCCAGGCGGUGCCCUCUCAGUGAAAACCCCUUCCGAAGAAGGGACUCGCAGAUUGCUACAGAACUACACCAUUGAUGGCGGAAUAUUUGCAAAUGCCGUCAAAUGCAUCCCGUACUGGAUGCCUGGUGGGCUGUUGCAAGACAGCAAAUUUCUUGACGACAGAGCUAGCUUGAUGGGCGGGAUGAGGAUGACAUCUGGAUUGAUGGAGAAGGGGCGGGGUCAGGGAUUGCAACACCUUCGCCAGGCUUUCGACAUCAUGGAAAAUACCUUCCUGAAAGAUGGUAGACGUUGGAUUCUUGGGGACCGUGGACCGACUGUUGCAGAUAUCGACGCGAUUUGGCCAUUCGAAUGGUUAAUCUUGGACACUGCAAUGACAGACAGCCUGCGUGGAGGCGGCAUAAGUGAGGAGGCAUUUCCCAGAACAUUCGCAUGGGUGAAGAGAUUCAUGAAUGCUGUCUCGGAAGCAAAGAAGAAAUCAGCAAUCGCGCAGAGGCUGAAUGGAAAACAGGUGGAAGAAAGACUGCAGAUGUCGACGACCCGGACCCCCGUGAAAGCGGGGAUUGUCGAAAACGAUGCAUUAGGUCUUCAAGAGAAUGACGAGGUCGAAGUCUCCCCGUCCGACUACGGCCAAAGUCACAAGGACCGCGGCCGUCUCGUCGCGCUCACCACCAGCGAGGUGGUUAUCCGAAAUUCCAAGGGGUACCAGGUGCACUUUCCGCGCUGGAACUUCCAAAUCUCCAGGGUCAUUCCUCCACAAGUCAAGUCUCCUGUCCCUCUGGCAGAAGGAAAGAAGAUCCCUCCGAUGAAACUCUUCUACCAUCACGCCUCUCCAUACACAAGAAAGGUGUUUAUGCUUGCUCUGGAAUAUGGACUAGAAAGCCACAUUACUCUUCACAAAGUCGUUGUCUGUCCGAUUCCCUAUCCUGGUUGGUCCGACAACAAUGAGGAAGUCGCAGCGUUCAACCCCUUGGCAAAGAUACCAUGCCUUGUUACCGCGGAUGUGCCUGACGGUAUCUUCGAUAGUAGAGUUAUAUGCGAAUAUCUUGACGAUCUCAUAGAUGUGAAGAGGAAGAAGGACACGAGAUAUUUCCAACAGCGAGCAUUGCAUGCCUGCGCAGACGGCAUCAUGGAUGCGGCUGUUCUCAUUGUGUAUGAGCAUAGGAUCAGAGAGGAGAGGGGUGUUAAAUUGGAUGUGUGGCUCGAAGGCCAAUUGCUGAAAAUACAGCGUGGAUUGGAUCGAUUGGAAAAAGCAGUUAUGGAAGGAGUGCUGGGUGACCCGCCCAGUGGCCGCGCCAAUAUGGACGAAGUCUCCGUCCUCGUGGCGAUUGGCAUGCUGGAUCAGAUGAGUAUCGCAUGGAGCGAAAGAAGGCCGAAACUUGUGGAGUGGUACAAUAGGUGGAGACUAAGGCGCUCUUUUCAACUUACACCCCCAGAUAAAGAGUGGAGAGCGGGUGUUGGAACGAAAGCCGAUGCGAAGAUGUAAAUGUGAUCGAAGAUUGCCUAGUUGGAAGACAAGUAUAGACUGCAGUUUCUAGCAGUAGUGCAGUAGCCGUACAAAUAUCUUUCGAGUCAAACGCCUCAUUGCGGAGUGGUCAGCAGUUGACAAUUGG